AUGGAAAAAUCCAAAAAUUUCCGCAUCGACGCGCUGCUGGCUGUCGACCCCCCCAAGGCGGCGGCGGCGGCGGGGCAGAGCGCGCCGCUGGCCCUGGUCACCUCGCUGGGAGGCAGCGGGAGCAGCAGCAGCGGGAGCGGCAGCCCGCCGUCCUCGUCCUCCUCCUCUUCCUCUUCGUCCUCUUCGUCCUCCUCCGAGCAUCCCGCCGGCGGCCCCGCCGACUGCCUGCGCACCGACAGCCCGUCCCCGCCGCGGCUCCUGGCCGCGCACUGCGCGCUGGUCCCCAAGCCUGGCUUCCUGCCCGGGGCGGGCGCGGGAGCCCACCCGCACCACCACGCCUCGGCGGCCGGCAUGGCCCUGGGACUGCACCCCGCGGCGCCCGGCGGGCCGGGAAUGCCGGCGCAGGCGGCCCUGUACGGGCACCCGGUGUACGGGUACUCGGCGCUGGGCGGGCAGCACCCGGCGCUCUCCUACCCCUACUCGCAGGUGCAGGGAGCGCACCCCUCGCACCCCGCCGCCGACCCCAUCAAACUCAGCGCCGGCACCUUCCAGCUGGACCAGUGGCUCCGGGCCUCCACGGCCGGCAUGAUCCUGCCCAAGAUGCCCGACUUCAACUCUCAGGCGCAGUCCAACCUGCUGGGGAAGUGCCGCCGGCCCCGCACGGCCUUCACCAGCCAGCAGCUGCUGGAGCUGGAGCACCAGUUCAAGCUCAACAAGUACCUCUCGCGGCCCAAGCGCUUCGAGGUGGCCACGUCGCUCAUGCUGACCGAGACACAGGUGAAGAUCUGGUUCCAGAACCGGCGCAUGAAGUGGAAGCGCAGCAAGAAAGCGAAGGAACAGGCAGCGCAGGAGGCCGAAAAGCAGAAGGGGGGCGGAGGGGAGGACAAGGGGGAUGAGGACCUGCUGCUGCCCGCCCCCGAGAAGAGCGGCGGGAGGAGGAUGCGGGAACUGCCCGACAGCGAACCUGAGGACGAGGAAGAGGAGGAGGAGGAAGAGGAGGUGGCGGCGGCGGCGGCCGGGAGGUGCUGCCCUUACCACUCCUCCGACUGCUCCGAGGCGGACGAGGAGGACACGCAGCCCCGGGGCCGGCACGGAGCCCCGUCGCAGUCCCAGUGAGCCUCCCUGCACGCCCCGCUCCCUCCAGCCAUCCUGCCGUAGGGGAGCCCUGCCACUCGUGGUUGGCACCGGCCCCGCU